CGAGGCGGCCUCCUUCCCUCCGCGCGUGCGCAGGCGCGCUGCAUGCCGGGAGUGGUGAGGCGGCCCCUCUCGGCGCGCCUUCCGAGCGGCCGUUGCUGGCGGCGGCUGAGGCGAGCGGCUCCGGGGGCGCCAUGGCAGAACGUCCCGAAGACCUGAACCUGCCCAACGCUGUCAUCACUCGUAUCAUGAAGGAAGCCCUUCCUGAUGGAGUAAAUAUUUCCAAAGAAGCCCGAAGUGCGAUCUCCCGCGCUGCCAGUGUGUUUGUGUUGUACGCCACAUCAUGUGCCAACAAUUUUGCAAUGAAGGGGAAAAGAAAGACGCUGAAUGCUGCAGACGUCCUCUCAGCCAUGGAGGAAAUGGAGUUCCAGAGAUUUGUUGUCCCCUUAAAGGAAUCCUUAGAAGCUUACAGGCGUGAGCAGAAAGGCAAAAAGGGAGCCUCCGAGCUAAAGAAAAAAGACAAAGACCAGAAGGGAGAUGCAGAAGACCCUGAGAAGAACCGAGGCGAUGAGAACGAAGAGGAGGAUGAAAGGAUGGAGGAGGAGGAGCAAAACGAGGAGGAGGGAGAGGAAGGGGACAGCUAAGUCGCUUAGGAUAUCAGCUCUGGGCAGCCCUAGUCCACCAUCAGAACCAGCUGUGAAGCAGAAGAGGCAAUAUGGUUCCUGGUCUGAGACUGAGUGGGGAUUUGAACUUGGGUUGAACCCCCAACACCACCUGAAUCUCUGUGCUUUUCCUUCAUUCCAGUACUGGGGAUGAGCUUGCACGUGGAAAUGGGCUUACUGGAUCAAGUGGUCCCAAUAGAGCACUGCAGACUUUGGAGGAGAUCCUGGAUCAGUUACUCUCCUUGGAGUGUCUGCAGGUGGAUUCAGCGUUUCUGCCCACAUAGGUUCAUCAGGAUCAUUACACGCGUCAUUUAAUUUGUAACAAUUCAUUUGUUGGUUUUUUUGUUCAUAGUUGGGAUUUCCAGGCUUUGUCAGGUGACAGCUGUUCAGGGUAACAGGCUCUCUGCUCUGGUGGGUAGCAGUGGAGACUAGGCAGGUUUGAAGGGGGGCAGAACUGCUAACCACCCACUUUCAAAAGGUGUGGACAUUGGGGAAGCCAGCAAGUCAUUUUGAAAAGAGCAUUGGAUGGGAUGUGAGCGGAUGGAGGGUUAGUCAGAGAAGAACAAUUCCUGACCACGCAGCACUGUGAAAACCACAUUUAAAAAAAUUCUAUGCAGUUAUUCUCAAAAUUGGAUAACUUAUUAGGACGUUAUUUUAUAUAUAAAACAAAUAGAUGCAGCAAAACAAGUUGAUAGCCCAGUUCAAAUGGACACUUUAAUUGCCAAAAAAUGAGAUAAAAUUGAGUUUGCCUUAUGAUUAAGGGAAAUACAAUAAAAACCUCCUUGAGUAAACAGGUUGUAUAAAAAAAUAUUCUGGUUAAGAUGUUCAAGAAACAAUUGCACAUCUAUUAAAAUACAAGUUGAAACAGUUUAAA